AUGCCUACGACGGACAAAGAGAUCUUUCUCAAGUUCAGGGAUAUAUACUAUGUGGAGCUGCGCACCCGCCGGAAUCGACUACUCUCCCUGAAAAGUUUAAAAUACAUCACCAUCAUCGAUAUGUCACCUCCCGUGGGUACCUCCUAUACGCAUUUCAAUUGUGCUACUGGUUAUGAUACCGUGGGGGGCAGCGUGUUGCUGACAGUGGUGUGGAGUAUGUUUAUGGGAGAUGUAGCGACUAGGGUAGCGCUCGGGAGUUACAUGUUGACAGCGAGUGCAAGUGGGUUGGCGUUGUUAGCGAUUAUGAGCACGCUAGAUGGAUAG